AUGGCGCUCGCCUCGCUGCUCAGGCAGUCCGGCUGCACCCGUCACUCCUCCCUCCUUCGAUCCUGGCCGGCCGCCUUCUCCUCGCCCGUCCGCUCCUACUCGCUGCCCGCCGCACAGCGUCCCCUCGCCUUCGCCUUUGACAUCGACGGCGUACUCAAGGCAGGGCCCCUCGUCCUCCCCGAGGCAAAGCGUGCCCUACAGAUCCUCGACGGCCGCAACCCGCGCAACGAAAAGGUCCCCUACGUCUUCAUCACGAACGGCGGCGGAAAGGACGAGGCUUCCCGCGCCGCAGACCUCUCGCGCGAGCUCGAAAUCGACCUCAAACCCUCCCAGAUCAUCCAGGCCCACACCGUCAUGAAGUCUCUCGUGCCCCUCUACGCCAACAAGCCCAUCCUCAUGGUCGGCGGGCCCGAAUCGCCGCCCGGCGUGCCCCGGAGAGUCAUGCACCAGUACGGCUUCAACAACGUCUUCACCACCCACGACCUGCACGCCUACGCACCCGCCGCGUGGCCUUUUACAAAGGUGGCUCCGGAGCAGCUUCCGCACAUCCGGAAAGAGGACUUUUCCAAGAUCCAGUUUGCCGCGGUCCUCGUCUUCCACGACAGCCGCGAGUGGGGGAGGGACAUCCAGCUCAUCAUUGACGUCCUCCGCUCCAACAACGGCGUGUUCGGCACCGAGCACAGCCACGACACGCCGCCAAAGGAGCAGAUGCCCAUCUACUUUUCCCACGGCGACCUGCUGUGGGGCAACGAUCACAGCGUCGUGCGCUUCGGGCAGGGCGCGUUCCGUCUGGCCCUGGAGAAUGUGUGGAAGCACACGACGGGCCGGGAUCUGCAGGCCACGGUGUUUGGCAAACCGCACAGCCUGACGUACGACUACGCCACCGAGCUGCUGCGGGACCUCCUGAUCCAGACUGCCGGAUCGUCCAAGUCGGCCUCGCAGCAACAACGCGCACAGGCCGCGCAGGAACUUGGCCCGAGCGUCUGGAUGGUCGGCGACAACCCCGAGAGCGACAUCGCAGGCGCAAACAACUACGGCUGGUCAUCGGCCCUCGUGCGCACUGGCGUCUACAAGGACGCCCACGGGACACCAAGGCACGAGCCGACAGUCAUUGUCGACGACGUCGAACAGGCCGUCAAGAAGGCCCUCGAGCUCGAAUGGGGCAUCUGA